UUUACUAAAAAUUAAUGGUCCAUUACCUUCUUUUUUUCCGAAUGGUGAGACAAUUACGUGAUAAUACCAAAACUUCAAACCGGUUUAAGUUACUGUCAGUUUUGUAGUAAUUUAAGAAUUUAGAUGUUGUCAUGAUCACAACAAAGCUGUGUCCUGUUCGUUUCAUUCUUCAUCACUUCCAGUUUUAAAGUUGGCAGAGUUUUGGAAUGACGAAGCUCAGGAAUGGGAGCUCAGUGGAGGUAUUAAGAAGAGAACAUGAUCCAGGUGGCUCUUGGUUUCCUGGAACUAUAAUUUCAGCAUCUAGAAAUCACUAUGUUGUUAAGUACAAAUUCCUUGUGAACCACAAAAGAGAGCCAGUUUUGGAGAAGGUUCAUGUGGAGGAUGUUAGGCCUCAGCCACCGCAUGAGACUGGGAAAAGAUGGAUGGUCAGUGAUAUAGCUGAGGUGUUUGAUUCUCAAUGUUGGAGGGUAGGCAAAGUUGCAAAGGUGUUGAGGAAGAACUGGUUUGUCAUUAGGUUAUUUGGGUCCAUUCAACUUAAAGAAUUUCAUGAAUGUAACAUGAGAAUUCAACAGUCUUGGCAUAAUAACAAGUGGUCAGUCAUUGGGAAGGUUGCUCGAGAUAAACAAUUUACAGCGCAUAAUCAUUCAAAACACUCCUCAGACUUGUUUUUUAGUGUUCCAUUAAAACAGAUAGUCAAGGAAUCUCGCUCAAGAGGGAAGGAUAGAAACGGAUGCUAUGAGAAAAAGCACGAUCAUUCUAACAAGUAUUGCCAAAUGAGAACCAUAAACAGAAGCUUUGCUUAUCAUUGUGAAACUUCUUCCAAUGAUCUGCUUCCUGCAGAAAGCCACAAGAAAAGAAAAUCAGGUCCUUGUGCAGGAGGAUGCAACGGAACUAUGAUAGGAACCCUUCCGUUGUAUGAGCAGGUAGGCAAUAUUCACUCUCCGAGAGCAAGAAUGCUGGAUGUUGAAAUGGUAAAUGCAACUAACAACCGGUUACAUGUUUCUUCUAUGCCUCAUUGGUCUAAUGAAGAUAGCAAUGAAUGCUCGAUUGCUAGCUGUAGUUCUAAUGAUUUUCCCGAUUCUCAUCGUGAAUCAUUAGAAAAUGAAUCCAACAAUUCUGAUGCCGAGUCAUCAUUUCCUUCUUUAUCUGGCAAAAAACACAUAUUCCCGUCUCCCAGAUACAAUCUGGAUGUUGAUAUCCAUGAACUAGAGCUUCAUGCAUACGAGUCGACUGUGCAGGCAUUGUAUGCUUCAGGUCCAUUGAGUUGGGAGCAGGAAUCCCUCUUAACAAACCUCCGCCUCUCCCUUAACAUCUCAGACGACGAACAUCUACUCCAGCUUAGACAUCUAUUAUCAUCUCAAAAGCAACUUAUGGCCUAUGGGUACUGACGACAGUUGAAGCCCCCUUGAAGUUUAGUUCUGAUGACAGAAAUCCGCGUUUUCUAAAUGGCUAGUGACCGAUUACUUUUAUCAUGUAUUUUCUAGAUCAGAUUAUGUGUAAAAAUUUUCUAUUUUAGGUUGAAGUUUGAUAUGCACAUGUUCAUCUUUUAAUUAACUCCCCUGUUCGACAUUGUACAUGGUUUUGAGUCAUGACAGUUUAUUUGAAUCAAUGAACAAACUUGUUAUG